UAAGAGACAGAAGCCUUGAAUAUCCUGCGUCUGAAUCAAACUUGCAGAGCUCAAGCAGGACGGACGUUGGUUUGACCUCAUUGGAUUCAUCGUUGCGUUUUUUCGUGGAUUUUUUGGUAGACCAGUUAGAUAGUCAAAAUGUCGGGAUUUGAAAUCGAUUCGCUAACUAAAUACCAAAUAAGACGAAUGAGCAGAGACGAGUUAGUUGUGCUGCUUAUGGAUUGGUUGGAGAGAUUGAAAGGAAGAUCUGCUUCACUGAUUAAGGAGCACAAAUUGCAGGAGGAGUUGGAAAAAGCUCAAGAACAAAUUGGGCUUCAAAAUGAAAAAAUUAUUUCUCUUACAAAAGAGUUAAACGUCUCCCUGAAGAAGAGCAAAGACUUGGAGUACCAGACGGUCCCAAAACUAAAACAAGAAAUUGAGAACUGGACGUCCCACAAGAAUAAAUUGUCAUCUGAGGUGCAGAGUUACCAACAUAAAGUGAAAGAUCUUCAAGCCUCCGUCAGAAACCUGGAAAGAAAAACUAAACAGCAAGAAGAAAAGUUGGAAGAACAGAGACAAAUGUGUCAAGUCACAGAAUCGAUAGUGAAGCGAGAACAACAUGCAAGUGAGGUGGAGAGACUUAAAGCUGAGUUGUCCAGAAAGGCAAAUGAUAUUGGAAUAAAGAAUAUUGAAAUAAAGAAAGAAAGAGAGAGAUCCAGAUUACUUGAGGCCAAAGUAAAAACUCUGGAAAAGACUUUGACUGAGGCACAGAAGGAAAAUAAAGACCUCAUUAAGAAACUGUCCAAAACUCCCAUGGAGGAAGCAAUAGAAAAAACCAGGAUAGCUUUUGAAGCAAGAAUUGAUUUUGACACCCUGGCCAAAGAAAAACAAAAAAGCAGAGCAUUACAGGAAUGUCUCACCAGGAAAGACCGGGAACUACAUAAACUACAGCAGGAGCAAACUAAGAAACGCUCCACGUUCUCAGAUCUGACAAAAGAGGCUCAGGAUAUCAUAAAAAUCCUUGAACAAAGAGCACACACAACUGCAAACUGUCGAAGAGAAACACAGACAAGAACCAUGCAGGAGACGGAACCCAAGGAUCUGGGGGAACCGUCCCACAAUAAAAUGGCCGAGGAAAGUGCUUUCAUGUCUUUAAGGUGACAUCAAGACUUUAUUGGUGUGAAACAUCCUAGAAAAAUAUUUCUUAAUC